GCCAAUCAGCUGGUCUUGCUAGUGUCAGGCCCGAACAAAUGCAUAUUUAUGAAGUUGAGGAAUAAACGAAGCUGAAAUAUGUGGAGGGGGGAAUAUCAAAAUUCUUCUUCUUUCCCUGAAAUGGAAGGAAUAUGCAGAGGGAUCGGGGCUAACUUAAGAGUGACCAUGAGUCUUAACCAAGGGAUGAGAAAAUAUAUGGAAGAUGUUACCCAAGUACACUUUGAAAAGUCACCAGACGGCGAUGAUAUACUGUUCGGGUUUUUCGCCGUAUACGAUGGUCAUGGCGGACCAGAAGCCUCUCAGUUUGCCAAGAAGCAUUUACUUCAGUAUUUAAAAGAUCAGCCUGGAUUUUGGAGUGAGGAUGACGAAAAGAUCAAGGCAUCGAUCAAGCUGGCAUUCACACUUACACAUGAUGCGAUGUGGAAGGAAAGAGGUAAUUGGUCUAAAACAUCAUCUGGGUUUCCUAGCACAGCAGGCACCACUGCCAGUGUGGCCAUUAUGAAAAAUAGCAAAAUUUAUAUUGGCCAUGUUGGUGAUUCGGGUAUUAUACUAGGGUACAAAGAUCCACAAACCCAGAAGGUACAUGGAAAACAGCUUACAAAGGACCAUAAGCCAGAAAGCCCCUUUGAGAAAAAGAGGAUAGAAGAUGCUGGUGGUUGUGUGAUGGUGAAGUCUGGGGUAAACAGAGUGGUGUGGAAGCGGGCCUCUGUCAACCAUAAAGGUCCUAUUCGACGCAGCACAGAGCUAGUUCAUGUACCUUUUCUAGCAGUUGCAAGGUCUUUAGGUGACCUGUGGAGUUACAACUCUUCGACCAAUGAAUACUCGGUCUCACCAGAGCCUGAUGUGGAUGUUGUUCCCUUUGACCACAGGGUUGAUUACUGUCUGAUCCUAGGCACUGAUGGGUUGCUGAAUAUGUUCACUUCACAGGACCUGGCAGAAAUGGUGCAUUGUGUGGAGAAGCAAACAUACGAAACAGUUGUUAAUAGUCGGAACACGACAGAAAAUUUCUGGAUUAACCCAGCUUGCACCCUGGUGAAUACUGCCAUAGACAAGUGGCGCAAGAGAAGCCUGAGGGCAGACAACACCAGCUGUGUAGUUGUCUUGAUAGACCCUCCAGGAUUUUCACGACAAGAAUACCUCAAGAAAGAGAGAUUAAAGAAACAAAGUAUGUCCAGCCCUGUAAAUACAGCGCCAGAGCCAAAAAGUCGGGCGAUGUCUGAGAAGAAAUAUCCUUCUGUGACACGUGAGCCCAAAAGCCUGGCUGGGCCCCAGUCUAAAAGUCAGUAUCAGAAACCCUUCAGAAUUCCUGAUCCAAUGGAUGGUCCGUAUCUUCGUAUCCUUACACCUAGCAUGUACAGGAAACGUGCUCAUGAUGAGUCCCCUAAGGAACGAUCAGCAAAUCCGAAAAGGAUAAAACUCGACUUUGAGGAGGCUGAUGGAAAAAAGUUGACUCCUAGUCAACCGCCUGUAGUCAAAGCCCCAGAGGGUAAGGGAAUCAAAGAACAUACUCAGAGACAACAUGGGAAAUUUCCCAAGUAUUUGACACCAACUAAAUACAGGGUGGGUGCUACUGAUGGUGGUGGAGAUGGGGACCCAGAAAAGCAGGUUGCUGGCUUUAGCAGAGAGAAAAGUUUUCAAGCAAAAAGCUUUUCAAAUGCACACUCGACACCCGAAAACUCUGUAAAAGAUUCUGUAAAACUUUUACCUGAAGAAAAGGCUAAAGUUAAAAGACAUAUUGCCCAGUGCAGCAAAAUAACCCCUGAUGAUUCCAGUGCAGACAGAGAAAGCAUAGCCCAGUCUUGCAGUGGUAAAAAGGAAAGGAUGCACCAGUCUCCACAAUCCACUCAAAACGGUGUCACAACAGCACACAGUGAAAACAAACCCCAGGGAACAAAAAUGGUCACAAGGCUGUCGACUAAGGAUGCCACACAGGAAAUGGGUGGCAUAUCUGAAAGCACAGCUACUCCAAGCAAUAAUUUUAAGAAUAGUAAAGGGGAAAAGUCCUCGAUCAAUACUCCUUGUAAUGGUGGAAAGGAGAACACUCCACAGUCAACCAGCACAUUAGGAAAGUUGACGCCAGAGCAUCAUGAACCAGUAUGCACAAGAAGAUCGUCUAGGAGAUCGUCAGAGAUUGUCAAAUCUGAGGAGUUGGACAGCAGUAAAGGAGACAUAGGUACUGAAAAGGAUAUAAAAAUAGCUGGAUCAAAGAGGCAAGUUGGUGAGGUUCUGGCCUAUAAUUGUGACAUGUCAGAGAAGCGGUCAAGGCGUGAUGGCAGUUGUAAGUUGACCAAGGAGCAGGCCAACCAGCACCUCUAUACCAGUAUGAAACUCAGGCUACGACAAAAGGUUCAAUAGCGGUACAACCUUUACCAUCAUAGUUGAUUAUAUUUGUUAUUGUCAUAAAAUUUGUGAUGAAUUUAAACAUUUUCACAUUAUUUUUAUGAAACAAAAUAUGCAAGGGAUUUAUUGAUGUUACAGUAUUGGCUGCUGAUGUUUAGGAAGUUGUGUAUUUUAAGUAAUUGUCAAAGUUUUUAAAUGAUGAUGGAUAAUUUUUGUUGCAUAAUUUUAUGUGAUGAUUGCAGAUGUUAUAAAUGUAUAUUUUUCGAAACCAUUUAGGAAAAAAAUUGCAGACAUCUUUUGUGGGAAAAUUCAUUUUAUUAACAAUUUAAAUGAUGUUUAAUGAUGAGUUUUAGUGUUUUCUUAUAAAAAAAAUGUUACUCUUUUGUCUUAACUCUACAAAAGUGGAUUUUUGACUGAGGAUGGACAAGUCAUAGUACAUUAAAUUUUUUAUGACCAGACUUGCAAUGAGGUGAACUACAGAAAUGUGUGCUUCCACCUCUUGAAUAUUCCAUUGACAAAGUCAAAUUCAGGGUUUUAUUGACUAUUAUCCACUUUUUUUCAUUUAGUUAACCCUGUUAUUUAUUGUUGAUAUGAACAUUUUAAAAUAAAUUUGGUUUUUUGGCAUUAACAAAUGUAUAGAGUCAUAUAACAAUACCUCCCACCAUAAUUUUGCACACAAAUAGACAUGCAUACAUGUUAGUAGUAUUAUUCCUAAAAGAGAUUUGACCUAGAUACAGGCCAGUAAUUCAGUCCAUUAAAUUCACAAUGUUCAGUGUUUGUAACACAUUACAAAUAUGAUUUAUUUUUGUUUGAAAGAUUAAGAAAUUACUUUAGAAUUGUAUAGUGAAUUUUAAAUCGCAUCUAAUCCAAUUUGAGCAUGUUGCCCUCUUAGGCAUUUAUACUCUAUUUGGAUGUUGCUUCAACUCCUGUCAUUUUACUUAUAUUUUUAGUGCAUAUGCUUUCUGUCCUGUAUUGUUUUAAUAUGUUAAUUUUACACUGGGCUCUAAUUAGUAUAAUUUUAUAAAUGAUAUGGACUGAUAAUUUAAAUAGUAGCAUGUGAUUUAAUGUAUCAUUGACUAGUAGUGAUGUGUACAUAUUUGCAAAUUGAAAAGUUGUUUUUGAUGUGAAAUUUUGUAGUAUUUGCUGUUAAGAAUGUCAUUUUCAGAGUUUACUUUAUGGUGCUUUAUGAUAAUUUAUUUAUUGACAGUUUGACAUACCACAUCAGAACACUGGCACGUAUGACAUCACAUCUUUCAUUGAUCUCACAGUGUAUAAAAUCUCUGUAGAAAAUUUGUAAAUAGAUGAGGGAUGAAGGUGGCAGUAAAUAUAAUGUUGAAGUCUUAACUCUUUGUUCAAGUUCUGUGUAAUUU